AUGGCUGUUCUUACUGAAACAUUGCUUAAGUCUGUCGACGCUGCAGCUAGGAUUGAUGCUACACCUACUGGAUAUUCCCUUUUUAACUGUUCGCGCCUUAACAGAAUCGACGGAGGGACUGCCAUUUUAGUGCAUAAUACACUUAGAGUAAAAAAGCGUAAGGCAGCUAUUAUGAAUUCUUUUGAAUGCUCUGACUGGAUUAUUGCCUCUGACACAUUUAGGAUACGGCUAGUUGUAAUUUAUAGGCCCCCGUAUUCAGCUAUACAUCCUGUAACCACGAGUGCCUUCAUUUCGGAAUUUGCAGAGUUUUUGGAAUCUGUUAUUAUGGCAACUGAGCCUCUUUUGAUAGCUGGCGACUUCAAUAUCCAUGUUAAUGCACAUUCAGACAAUGAUGCUGUGAAGUUCCUGGACUUUCUUCAAUCUAUGGGUUUGGUGCAACACGUAAAUUUUCCUACUCAUGUAUCUGGUAAGACGUUGGUCCUACUUAUCACUUGUGAAAUUCAUUCCAUAUGGUGUCAUUCCCCCAGACCAAGUUGCUAUCUUUCAGAUCAUUGCUCCGUUAUAUUUGAUCUUAACAUAUCAAAGCCACAGUUUUUAAGAAAGGAAGUAUCAUUCCGGAAAACGAAAGCUAUGGAUAUAUCAUCAUUUGUUCGAGAUCUAUCUAAUUCUGUAUUGUGUCAAGAUCCCCUGAGGAAAAUGGAUACCUUGGUUAGUUCUUACAAUACCACACUAUCUGCUCUUUUGGACCAUUAUGCUCCCGUUCAAAAAAUUUCUAGCAUCCGGGAUGAGCUGGACAAUGUUGUUUCACAGGAUUUUGCAAUUGAAACGUGUAAUAUGGUACCUUCAUUUGACUCUUUUGUUUCAUUAUCUGAGGAUGAUGUCCGUACACUAAUUACCAGCAUUACUAUUGCAGUGUAUUGA